AUGAACGUGUUCGGUAAAAAGGAAGAAAAGCAAGAAAAAGUAUACUCUCUACAAAACGGUUUCCCGUACUCUCAUCACCCAUAUGCCUCUCAAUACUCAAGACCUGAUGGUCCUAUCUUACUGCAAGAUUUCCAUCUACUGGAAAACAUUGCUAGUUUUGAUAGAGAAAGAGUUCCAGAGCGUGUAGUGCACGCCAAAGGUGGUGGUUGUAAACUGGAAUUCGAAUUAACUGAUUCCUUGAGUGACAUAACAUACGCUGCGCCAUACCAAAAAGUCGGUUACAAAUGUCCUGGCCUUGUUCGUUUUUCCACCGUUGGUGGUGAAAGUGGUACGCCAGACACUGCAAGAGACCCAAGAGGUGUUUCUUUUAAAUUCUAUACUGAGUGGGGGAACCAUGACUGGGUUUUCAACAAUACUCCCGUCUUCUUUCUCAGAGACGCCAUCAAGUUUCCCGUAUUUAUUCAUUCCCAAAAAAGAGACCCUCAGUCUCAUCUAAAUCAGUUUCAGGACACUACCGUAUAUUGGGAUUAUCUAACACUGAACCCGGAAUCGAUCCAUCAAAUAACUUACAUGUUUGGUGAUAGAGGCACUCCUGCCUCCUGGGCCAGCAUGAACGCGUACUCUGGUCAUUCAUUCAUCAUGGUCAACAAAGAAGGUAAGGACACUUAUGUGCAAUUCCACGUCUUGUCGGAUACAGGUUUUGAAACGUUGACGGGCGACAAGGCGGCUGAACUGUCAGGUUCCCACCCAGAUUAUAACCAGGCAAAGUUGUUCACUCAAUUGCAAAACGGCGAAAAGCCAAAAUUCAAUUGUUAUGUGCAAACAAUGACUCCCGAACAAGCCACUAAGUUUAGAUAUUCGGUUAACGACUUGACUAAAAUUUGGCCGCACAAGGAAUUUCCUUUGAGAAAGUUUGGUACCAUUACCUUAACGGAAAAUGUUGACAAUUACUUCCAAGAAAUUGAACAAGUGGCAUUCAGUCCUACAAACACUUGUAUCCCAGGUAUUAAACCUUCCAACGAUUCCGUCUUGCAAGCCAGACUUUUCUCCUACCCAGACACACAACGUCAUAGAUUGGGAGCCAACUACCAACAAUUGCCUGUCAACAGGCCAAGAAACUUGGGCUGUCCAUACUCCAAAGGCGAUUCCCAAUACACUGCUGAACAGUGUCCAUUUAAAGCCGUGAACUUCCAGAGAGACGGCCCAAUGAGUUACUACAAUUUCGGUCCUGAGCCAAACUAUAUUUCCAGUUCACCAAACCAAACCUUAAAAUUUAAGAAUGAAGACAAUAACGAAGUGUCCGACAAGUUCAAAGGCAUUGUUCUUGACGAAGUGACAGAGGUUUCUGUGAGAAAACAGGAACAAGAGCAAAUCAGAAAUGAGCAUAUUGUCGAUGCGAAAAUUAACCAAUAUUACUACGUAUAUGGUAUGAGCCCGCUCGAUUUCGAACAGCCAAGAGCUUUAUUUGAAAAGGUCUACAACGAUGAACAAAAAAAAUUAUUCGUUCACAACGUUGUUUGCCACGCUUGUAAGAUCAAAGAUCCUAAAGUGAAAAAGAGAGUAACACAAUAUUUUGGUUUGCUGAACGAGGAUUUGGGUAAAGUCAUUGCAGAAGGCUUGGGAGUUCCUUGGGAACCUGUUGACCUUGAAGGUUACGCAAAGACCUGGUCCAUUGCAAGUGCCAACUAA